UUCUUACGGUUGUACAGCUAGGGAGGUCCUUCAUUCUACGGUUCGACCAAGAUUUUGCAAAUCUUACUAUGAGUUUCAUCUUGUUACUAUGCUCACAUUUAGAUUUGUUAGUGAUUCAUACUCUUGUUUGACAAUAUGUAUCAUAUAGUAAUUCGUACUUGAUUUAUAAUCAUUGUACGUCACAUUGGGCAUUGCAGGUUGUUUAUAUCAGAUUUAUAGUUUGUUAUGUGCAUUUUAGUUCUGUGAUUUUCAUUGAAUUGUAGGUUCUUCCUGCCGAUGUUGUGCACCGAUUUCAUCAUGACAUAAUGCCAUAUGUUAUGAUGCAUGGUUCAAGAAUUGUGCCAUAUAAAGUUAAUGUUCUGGAAGCCCGGGGUGCAUUUGUUUUUGGAGAUGGUUGGUACCAUUUUGUUGGAGUCGAGAGAAUUGUGCCUGGAGAUAUUAGUCUCUUUGCAGUGAUAGGGAAAAUCAUAUGGUUAUGCAUUUGUAUUCAGCUGAUGGAGUUUACAAGCCUUUCUUUGAGCGGCCGACCACCAAUGAUGUUCCUCAGUUGGUUCCUGCUGCAUCAUCUCGUGGUACUGAUGGACGAGUUCCUUCUUUUCCUACUGUUGCCGGUGAUGUGGUUGCUCCAGAUUCUACUGUGAUUGCUCCUGCUUGUAAUGCUGCUUUGGGUCCUGCUCCUACAGUCGGAACGGUUCGUGUUGAUCCUGAUCUGGCUCUGGUUGUUUCUACCUAUGGCUCUUCUGCUCCGGUGGAUGCUGCUGGUCGUGGUCCUACUCUCGCUGUGGCAUCUGCUGUUGUGACACAUGUUGCUCCUGCUUCUGCUGUUGUUGUGCCACUUGCUGCUGCUGGUCCUGCUGCCAUUGUGGCACCUGCUGCUCCAAUUCCUGCUCCUGUUGUGGCACCUGCUGCUCCAAUUCAUGCUCCCGUUAUGCCACCUACUGUUGAAGCCAUUGAUUUGGGUAUAGAUAUUGAGGGUCCUGUUGCUCCUCCUCCUCCAGGUUUUCUUCCUGUACAGCUCAAUGAGUUACCAAUUUCACAACACAAUGUGCAUGUUCCUGCUCAAGUUCUUGGAAUGAGGUAUGAGUUGGGGUUAAAGGUGUCAAUGUUUCCGAGUCUUAUGCAGUACAUGACGAAUGUUUGGAAUGAUCGGCCCACCGCGACGAAUGUUUGGAAUGAUCGGCCCACCGCGAUCCCCCUUCAUGUUGUGAAGCUCAAUUUCAGUCAGGCAUUUCUAGUGUCUAUUAUUUCAAUGUCCAGUUCUCAAGGAACUUCACCGAUGGAAUAAUGCCCUGUAGGUUGUUUGUUGGGAAUAGCCCUUUCUAUCACAGUGCGUACAUGAAGAAAGAGAAUGGAUGAGCCCUAUUGCAGGCUCCAACAUAUGAAGCCGAACCGUGGACCCAGAGGAGCUACUAUUUACCGAACACUGUUGAACCCGCGGAACCUUCUAGCAUGAUCGCGUGGAUGAAAAUAAGCUGUACCAAAAGUUAUAGGACAAUUACUAAAGUACCCAUAGCACACAA